CUUUAGCCAUUUAUAAGAACCAACCAACGAGUCGGAGCAAUAUGUUAGAUAGUAGAUAGUGAGCAUAUGGUAGAUGCUGUCACUCUCACGUUAUCUGUGACAUAUUGGAGCAUAUUAUUAAAAUAAAUACAUUAUGGAAUCCAAUUAUUUUCAAAAUAUCGUAAAUGUGGAAUACAAUCGAAAAUAUGAUAAAAAUAUUGAGUAUGGAACAGCUGGUUUUAGAGCAAAAUCAGACGUCCUGGAACAUGUUUUAUAUAGAAUGGGUCUUUUAGCAGUUUUAAGAUCAAAAGUAAAAAGAGCUGCCAUAGGUUUAAUGAUUACUGCAAGCCAUAAUUUAGAACCUGAUAAUGGUAUCAAGCUCAUUGAUCCUGCUGGUGAGAUGCUUGAAGUUUCUUGGGAAACUAUAGCAACAACUUUAGCUAACGCACAAGAUAAUGAUUUGAUAUCAACAUUAACAGAUAUAUCUAGAAAAGAAAAUAUUGAUUUAUCAGUACCAGCAAGGGUGAUAACAGGAAUAGAUACUCGUAAAAGCAGUCCCAUCUUAUUAAAUGCUGCACUAGCAGGAAUCAGAGCUUUGAAUGGUGAUGUUACAGAUUUAGGAUUGGUCACCACUCCGCAGUUACACUAUGUCAUAGUAUGUAUAAACACUUGUGGUAUUUAUGGCAAUCCCACACUGCAAGGAUAUUAUACGAAACUCGCAACAGUAUUCAAAAGUAUAAGAGGUACUGAGAAAAAUAAUAAAAAAUACUCAAGUGUAUUACAAUUGGAUGCUGCAAAUGGUGUCGGUGCUAUUGCAGUGAAGGAAUUUCAAAGAUACUUGAAGGAUGUGCUGGAUAUUAAACUGAUUAACGAUGGAAGCGGAGUCUUGAAUCACAAGUGCGGCGCAGAUUAUGUCAAAGUACAACAGACUAUGCCUUUGAAUAUCCCUUCUGAAACAAAUGUCAGAUGUGUCAGUAUAGAUGGGGAUGCCGACAGAGUAAUAUAUUUUUAUGUAGACGAGAAUAAUAAAUUUCAUCUCUUGGACGGAGACCGAAUAGCCACGCUAGUGGCAGCCUAUUUCAAGGAACUAUUAACUACGAGCGGUUUAUCAUUACAAUUGGGCUUAGUGCAAACCGCAUAUGCCAACGGCGGUUCAACCGAUUACAUAUCGAAAGUAUUAGAAGUACCAGUCGCUUGUGUGUCAACCGGCGUGAAGCAUUUACAUAAAAAAGCGUUGGAAUUCGAUAUCGGUGUCUAUUUUGAAGCAAAUGGACACGGGACUGUAAUUUUCAAAGAUACCGCUAAAAAUAUUAUUAAGAAUUAUGCUAAGAAGGAGAAUCUCUUGGAAGCACAAAAAACGGCCGCUACAAAACUGAAGAACAUAAUUGAUUUGAUAAAUGAAACAGUCGGCGAUGCGUUAAGCGAUAUACUGUUAGUCGAGACUAUAUUACACGACAAGGGCUGGGAUAUAAUCGAAUGGGAAAGGAGUUAUAAUGAUUUACCGAAUAAGCAGCUUAAAGUCAGUGUGCAAGAUAGAAAUAUUAUAACAACAACGAAUGCGGAACGACAAUGUUUGACGCCUGUUGGUUUGCAAGAAGAAAUUGAUAAAACAGUUUCCAAAUAUUCAAGAGGUCGAACGUUCGUUAGACCUUCUGGAACUGAAAACAUCGUACGAGUUUAUGCGGAAUGUGAAAACUCAUCGGAUAUUUACAAAUUAGCUACGGAAGUAGCCUUACUUGUGUAUAAAUUAGCAGACGGUGUCGGACCUGAACCCAGCUUAUCAUGAUUAAAUUUGGAGUUAUCAUUUAGUUAUAUCCAUAUAAAAACGAUAAUUCAUUUGCUAGAUUUUGUUUUUUAAAUUCUAUCGUAUUUUUUAAAUUUUAAGUUUUAUUUUUUUGUAUUUUGGCAUGGAAUGCAUAUGGAAUAUUGUAUUACAAUAUUUUAAAAAUUUCAUAAUACAACGUAUUAAAAUAA